AUGAGAGGAGGCGCGUCCCGAGGAAAGACUGCCCGAGGGCCGGCCCAGGGAAAGUCUGGGGGCACCAGACCCAUUCGCGUCGGGCUGUGGGGCUGUGGCCCAACUGGAGGUAGGAGGAAGAAAAAGAAAGGCCCGGAGACCAGGGACCUGCGUCGCAGGGAGGGCGCCGGGACCCAUUUCAAGGGCAAAAGCAAAGCGAAGCGGCGGAAACCCCAGUGUGUCCSGGGCGGGCGGGCGCUCCCGGGAGCGCGGGUGCGGGGGGCCCGCGAGGCCGACGCGCGAGUUUCCCGACACGCCCAGCCCCACCGCCCGGGACUCCUUUUUCCCUCGAACUCRAAGAACCACAACAAAAUGAGGGAAUCGGGGUACCCAAUGUCUUUGAUACCUCAGAAGCCCGGGGCCACCGGGCAGCGCCAAGGGGAGCGCGAAAGCGCGCGUCCCGGCGGGCGCGGUCCCGCGGCGCCUCGCACCUGGGCCCGCCCGCGCGGAAAAGUUUGCACGGCCGCGCGUGGCGGUGGCGCGUGGCGAGCGCGGGCGCGCGGCGGCCGUCGGAUCGCGUUCGCGGGGCCGGAGCGGCGGAGGGGAGCGUUCGAGCGCGCGCGCCAGCGGCCGCCGAGAGUUGGCGCGUGCGCGCGCGCCGUGCCAGCGCCUCGCUCCGGCCGCGCGACAGCCCCCCCACCACACCACCCCGCCUCCCCCGCCCGCGCGGCACCGAGCGCAGAGUCCCCGCCUCCCUCCUCCCGAAGUCAAAGGUUUGGGGAAUCACUGAGCCAGUAA